AUUUUCAAAACUCGCACCUGGCAACAAGAAAAGGGGGUAUGUUGUCCUUGUAGAUGCACAGUACCUGCUUUGAACCAACAAUCUAGAAAAUCAUGUCGGUGAAUUCUUGAAGCAAUAACAGAAACUACAAGUGGCAUACUAUGGUAACCGUUAGAGCAUAUUAGGAACUGAACAAUAUAUUAUUGUGCUGGUGUCUUAAGCCAGGAAGAUGCCCAGUGCGGGGGCCAUAGCCCCACCGUGUAUUGUGCCUUUAAGGGCCCCUGUCCCUGGUGUGCCUACGACACAUAUAGACUGCUCUACAUACAUAGAGAUUGAAACAGAAUCUCCAAGAUGUAAAAUCUACUUCACAACAAGUGGUGCUAAACCAAACCCAUUCCAACUGAAGGUUGCAGGCAGAGAGCAGACAUUCCGCUAUAAGGCACCAUUCACUUUGAAGACAGGAAAGAGGACACUUAAGGCUAUAGCAGUGACAAGGGAUGGACUCCAGGAAAGUGCAGUUGUUACAAAGACAUUUACAGUAGACGACACAUCAGGGUUUAAUAAUUACACAGCUGAUGAUGAUGAAUCCCUUGCCAGUGUCAGAUCUGUGGACACAUAUGUUUCAGAAUAUAACCCCAAGUUCAGCAAAAAUAAACCCAGAAGUACUAAAAAGCCAACUCGAAAUUCUCGAAAAGAACCACCAAGAAGUAAAUCAGUUGACUUUAAACAAGCAUGGUCAGAAAGCAAUGGGGUAAAUAAUGGAAGUGACCAUGUUAAUAUUCCUGAUGGACCAUUCAAUCCAACCAACUAUAGCGGAACCCAGGUAAAUGUGUGGGGGGUACCACCACAUAAUAUGGCAGGCUGGUUGACUGCCCCAGGGGGUCCUGGGGGUGUGAGUUACCCUACCCAUGAACAACAACUAGGGUACAUGACAGAGAAAAUGUUACAAAGUUUAGAUGAACAAAAGCAGCAGACAAUGAAUGACAUGAGGACAGCCAUGCAGCAAGAAAUACCACCCCCUGCCAUAGAACCCCCACCACCCCCAGAACCCGUCAUAGAAUAUGUAAAGAAAGAACCAGAGUUACGGCCAAUCAGCAGAGGAAAUGGUGAUUGGAAAGAGCAGCUGGAGCACAUAUACGCACACCUCAUCGAACACACUAAAAAUCAUCCCAACUUCAAAAAGAAUAUUAGCAGCCCAAAAUUUGGACAGAUAUCAGGUGUUGUCUACAAGGAGGAAGAAGACUGUUUUAAUCUCAACAUCACUCUAGCCAAACCUGGUGUCAGACCCAAGCCUAAACUGAAGACAACAGUCAAGGCACUGGAUACAGCAAAGAAACUUUCCAAAGCUGGAUCAAAAAAGGCUGGAAGCGACACUGAAGCCACUAAAAAGAAAAAAGAAAAAGUUGUUGAUCCGUAUUUUGAAACAGAAGAAUAUGAGCAAGAGGGUACUGUGAAAGCUUGGCCUGACUUUAACGCUGAAGGCGAUGCUGAGAUAAUACGUAAUGCUAUGAAAGGAUUUGGCACAGAUGAAGCAACAAUUAUCAAUGUCCUUGCGUACAGAAGCAACAGCCAGAGAUUGGAGAUUGCUAAAGUAUUUAAAACUAUGUUUGGAAAGGAUUUAACGAAGGAAUUGAAUGGUGAGUUGAGUGGCAAUUUCUGCGAUAUAAUGGUUGGGCUUCUACUACAUCCUGCUAAUUAUGACGCCAAUGAAAUAAGGAAGGCUGUUGAAGGUUUAGGAACAGAUGAUGAUGUCUUGGUUGAGAUACUUUGUACAAGAACAAAUAAACAAAUUCAGGCCAUAAAAGCUGCAUACAAAAACUUGUUCCAAAAAAGCUUGGAGAAGGAUGUUAAGGAUGAUACAUCUGGUCAUUUCAAGCGUCUCCUAGUGUCUCAGAUUCAAGCGAAUAGAGAUGAGAGUCCAACAUUUGAUAGGAACCAAGCAAAGGCAGAUGCACAGGCUCUAUUUGAGGCAGGGGAAAAUAAGUGGGGAACGGAUGAGUCCAAAUUCAACCAGAUUUUAUCGAGCCGCAGUUUUGCACAUUUACGAGCUGUGUUUGAAGAAUAUGGAACGCUGUCAAAGAAAAGCAUGGAAGACGUCAUCAAAGCAGAAUUUUCGGGAGAUAUCAAAAAUGGCCUGCUUACAAUUGUGCGUGUCAUCCAGAAUAAACCCGGAUACUUCGCCAAACAGCUACAUAAGUCUAUGCAGGGACUGGGGACAAAUGAUGAUCUCCUGGUGCGAGUAGUCGUCACACGCUGUGAAUGUGACAUGGUGCAGAUCAAGGAGGAGUUCCAGAAGCAGUACAAAGGCACUCUCGCUGAGUGGAUCAUUGAUGAUACAUCUGGAGAUUACAAAGAGACUCUGUUAGCCUUGAUAGGAGAGAGGGCAUGUAAGCCUCCUGCUAAAGCUGCUGACCCUUACGAUGUAGUAGUUGGAGAACCUGAGCCUGAGAUGGAGCAAGAUCUAUAUGAGGAAGAAGGUGUUGUUGGCCCAAUUGAAAACUUCCAGGCUGAGAAGGACUGUGAAGUUCUACGUAAAGCUAUGAAAGGGUUUGGAACUGAUGAGAAGGCCAUAAUUGGUGUAAUCCCUGCUAGAAGCAAUGAUCAAAGACAACAGCUCUUGACGCAAUACAAAACCAUGUAUGGGAAGGACCUUAUCAAAGAACUAAAGGGUGAACUGGGAGGUAGCCUCAAAGACACAGUGGUUGGCUUGAUGAAGACUAGUACUGAUUUCUCAGCCUCAGAGCUUCACAAAGCAAUGAAGGGCCUUGGUACAGAUGAAGAUGUCCUCAUUGAGCAGAUAUGUACCAAGAGUAAUGCAGAGCUGGCAGCUGUUAAAGCAGCAUACAGAAGAUUAUUCAGUGCAGACCUUGAGAAGGACAUUGUGUCAGAAACAUCGGGUCAUUUCAAACGCUUGCUUGUCUCAUGUUUACAAGCUAACCGCAACGAGAACAGAGAAUUUGAUCGUGCAAAAGCCAGAGCAGAUGCUGAGGUUCUUUAUAAGGCUGGGGAGAAGAAAUGGGGGACGGAUGAAUCACGAUUUAAUGUGAUUCUCUGUUCAAGGAGCUAUGGACACCUCAGAGCGAUGUUUGAGGAAUACAAGAAAUUCUCUAAGAAAGACAUUGAAGAUGCUAUCAAGAGUGAGAUGUCUGGGGACUUGGAGAAGGGCAUGCUUACAACAAUCCGUGUUGUGCGAAACAAAGCUGCGUAUUUUGCCAAAUUGCUACAUGAUUCAAUGAAAGGAUUAGGGACAGAUGAUGACACACUGAUCCGCGUAAUGGUCUCUAGGUGUGAAGUUGACAUGGUACAGGUCAAGCAGGAGUUCCUGAGAUUAUAUAAGCAGUCUCUAGAUGCAUUUGUUGCUGAUGACCUAUCAGGUGAUUACAAGAAGAUCAUAGUUGCUCUGGUAAAUGGUAAUGGCUGUGGAGUGAAGUCAUCCAGUGGGCAGACAGAGAAUGUCUUCAAACCAGAUGAUGCAGCCAGUGGGGAUGAAGAGGACUAGGGAUCUCUCCAAUGGCCAGUUUUCCAGAUACUGUGCAUCAUAAGAAAUUGGAACCUCUUGGUUAAAGUGAACAACUGAUGAACAUGUCAAAUUAAUUUGAAAUAUGCACAG